UCGCGCUCACUGCUGCUCGGCUACAGUUCAUACAUGGAGGAGACACAGACUAAGCGCUUGAAGGCGGUACCGGAGCUUGAGAAACAGGAGUCAGGAUGGUCUAUAUCGCGGCUCUGCUCUUAGGACAUGGAGAACCCGUCCGCUCGGAGGAACACAGUAUCGGAGACAUGAUAGGAAAGUACUUCCUCCAGCAGCUCACAUCCCCGGGCCGAAAGACGAGCUCCGCCCGGCGGGGCAGCGUCGAGAGCUGCGACGAGAACGACAGCAACUCGCCCGAUUCUUUAAACAACAUGGACGCUGGUUUGGAGCACGUGGAGCGGCUGCUGCAGCAGGAGGUGACCCGGCGCAUAGAGCACUGUCUGACCGAGGCCAAAGCGUCCACCCUCCACUGCCAGAUGCUGCUGCUGCCUCGCCAGAUGUUGGCCAAGGUUGGCCAGGACGUGGUGCGCUCCUCCGCUGACGAGCCCUGCGGGCUCCGGGGCGCCUCCAUCACCGUCCACGUGGAUGGCAAAAACGGCCUGACGUUUGUAGGGAGCAUCUCCCUGGACCAAAGUGUCACCCCGACGUUUGAGCUGUCCGUGAUCUUCAAGGCAGACGUGGACGACGGCUGGCCGCCGUUCAAGCACAUCUUCGAUACCAACAAAGUGUUGAAGCUGAGACCCGAGUACCGGCUGGUGAAGAGGAAGCUCUACUCAUCAGCCAGCCCGAUCAUUCAUGAUUUCAACUAGCGGGGAAUUAAGAAUGUUAACCAUUGUUUACCUCUCAGGCUACAUGCAAAUGUUUUGGCCUGGAACCAAUUACAAAAUGCAGGUUGUUCUUUAUUCAUGUAUGAAUGUCUAACACAGAGACCCAACUGCUGGUUUUCCUACUCUCUGAAGCCAACAUGACCUCAGUGGUUUGCACAGACUGGUUCAAUGUGAACGUUUUCAUGUGAAACCUAAAGAAUUCCUUCCAGGAUUGGGCAGGUCUCAUUCCUGAAGGGUGCUGUACUUUAUUUAUGCAAUUGUUAAAUACAAAUAUUUUUGACACUA